AUGGCUUACCCGCUGCAAUACGGCCUACAGGAUGCUACAUCCCCAAUUAUAGAAGAAUUAAUAAAUUUCCACGACCAUACACUUAUAAUUGUAUUCUUAAUUAGUUCAAUAGUACUAUAUGUAAUUACAGCCAUACUAACCACACGUCUAACACACACCAACACAAUAGAUGCCCAAGAAGUAGAAACAAUCUGAACCAUUCUACCAGCCGUCAUCCUAAUUCUAAUCGCCCUACCAUCUCUUCGAAUCCUUUACAUAAUAGAUGAAAUUAACAACCCUGCUCUUACAGUCAAAACUAUAGGCCACCAAUGAUACUGAAGCUAUGAGUACACAGACUACGAAGACCUAAACUUCGACUCAUACAUGAUCCCAACAUCCGAACUAAAACCUGGAGAGCUUCGACUCCUAGAAGUCGACAACCGCGUAGUCUUACCAGUAGAACUACCAAUUCGAAUAUUAAUUUCUUCAGAAGAUGUGCUCCACUCAUGGGCUGUUCCAUCCCUGGGUUUAAAAACAGAUGCUAUCCCUGGACGACUUAAUCAAGCCACAAUCACAUCAACUCGCCCAGGAUUAUUCUAUGGGCAGUGUUCAGAAAUCUGUGGUUCAAAUCACAGUUUCAUACCAAUCGUACUAGAAAUAGUGCCACUAAAGCACUUUGAAAAUUGAUCCUCAACAAUGGUCUAA